AUGCCCGCACCAAAGAUUACGCUCUAUGUCGACAUCAUCUCGCCCUUUGCCUACAUGGCCUUCUACACUCUCCGGAAUUCCUCUGUCUUCAAAGGGUGCGAGAUUACGUAUGUUCCCAUCCUGCUAGGCGGAUUGAUGAAGCUAUGCGGCAAUACGCCGCCCUUGAUGGUAAAAAACAAAAAACAAUGGUUCAACAAGGACCGUCUGCGCUGGGCAUCGCAGCUUAACGUCCCCAUGUCCCAGGCCACGCCGCCAGAAUUCCCCUUCAACUCAAUGCACAUUCAGCGCGCGUUGACGUCGCUUGCCCUCGCGCGCCCAGAGCUGCUCGAGAGCGCGGUCGCGCUGUUCUGGGAGCAUACGUGGGUGUUGUGGAGGGAGCCGGAUAAGGCGGAGAAUAUUCUUGCGUUGAUGAAGACUGUGGUUGGGGGUGAAGAGGAGGCGCGGCGAAUUGUAGAGGCGAUGCAGAGUGAGGAAGUGAAGAGGGCGUUGGUGGCCAAUACAGAGCAGGCGUUCAAGGAUGGGGCGUUUGGGUUGCCGUGGUUUGUGGCUACGAAUGCAAAGGGUGAGACGGAGGGGUUCUGGGGUGUUGAUCAUAUUGGCCAUUUGUGUGAUCAUCUGGAGCUUGAGCGUGAGGAUGGUAAAGCUUGGAGGGCUUUGCUAUAA